CUGUCUGGUGCGGGAGGGAGGCGCGUUUUCUUGCUUCUCCUGCUGCUGCUGCCCCGGCCGGGGAGGCUGGCUGCGCAGAGGCGAACUCCUGGGCGCGCGUUCCCUCCCCCUGCAGCAGGAGAGAUCGAGUAGCGGAGGGGAGGAGGCGGCGGCGGCGGAGGGGUUUCCUUCCUUUCUCUCCCUCGGUUUGUUUAGCUGGGCUGCGGGCUGCUUCUCUCCUUCGCCAGCGCCGCUGGGGGAGGUGUGCAGGAAAGGCCUUGGAAGGGAGAAGAGCGAGAGGAUCCCCCGCGCCCCUUUAGUCAGUUUAGGCGCGUGCGGGGAUGCCCGUGCUGCUGGCUGGCUGCCUCAGCCGCUGAAGUGGUCUUCGCGGGAGCAGGCGGGUUGGAGGCUGCUUUACUCAACGUCGCGUAGUAGCGGCAGCAGCUCCUCCUGGCAGCACGUCCUAGUUGACCGGGUAACCGAGGGGGAGUCGCUGAGGAAUGUGGCGUCUGUGCGGCUCGGAGGCGCCUUCCUGAGGUGAAAUGGUGGCUUCUGGUCCUCUCGCUGUUGCUGUGCGGGAGAAAGGGCUAGCAGCCAUGCAUAAAGUGUUGGAGGAUCCUACCAGGGAUGCAGUGAUGAGCUGAAAGGCAAAGGCAGGGACCUCUGUGUUGGGUUGUCUUUCUGAGGAGUGGCAGCUAUCAUGACUGUCUUCAGGCAAGAAAAUCUGGAAGAUCACUAUGAGAUUGGAGAGGAACUUGGAAGUGGGCAGUUUGCUGUAGUAAGAAAAUGUCGUGAGAAGACCACUGGUGCACAGUAUGCUGCAAAAUUCAUCAAGAAACGUAGAACAAAAUCUAGCCGUCGGGGAGUGAGUCGAGAAGACAUUGAGCGAGAAGUAAACAUAUUAAAAGAAAUCCAGCACCCCAAUGUGAUCACACUGCAUGAUGUUUAUGAGAGUAAAAUGGAUGUCAUUCUUAUUCUGGAACUUGUUGCAGGAGGAGAACUCUUUGAUUUUUUAGCUGAAAAGGAAUCUUUGACUGAAGAAGAGGCCACUGAGUUUCUCAAGCAAAUUCUUAAUGGUGUUAACUAUCUGCACUCUCUGCAAAUUGCACACUUCGAUCUCAAGCCUGAGAACAUAAUGCUGCUGGAUAGAAAUGUACCAAAACCUCGUAUCAAGAUCAUUGACUUCGGCUUGGCACACAAAAUAGACUUUAGUAAUGAGUUUAAGAACAUUUUUGGAACACCAGAAUUUGUUGCUCCUGAAAUAGUAAACUAUGAACCACUGGGACUUGAGGCAGAUAUGUGGAGCAUUGGUGUAAUAACUUACAUUCUUCUAAGUGGUGCAUCACCAUUUCUUGGAGAGACUAAACAAGAAACAUUAGCCAAUGUGUCUGCAGUGAACUAUGACUUUGAAGAAGAAUUCUUCAGUAAUACCAGUGCUCUGGCUAAAGAUUUUAUAAGAAGACUUCUAGUUAAGGAUCCAAAGAAAAGAAUGACCAUUCAAGACAGCUUGCAACACUCAUGGAUCAAGCCUAAAGAUACCCUGCAAGCACUUAGUAGAAAAGCAUCUGCUGUAAAUAUGGAGAAAUUCAAAAAGUUUGCAGCACGAAGAAAAUGGAAACAAUCUGUGCGUUUAAUAUCAUUAUGCCAAAGACUAUCAAGAUCCUUUUUGUCCAGAAGUAACAUGAGUGUGGCUAGGAGUGAUGAUACUCUGGAUGAGGAAGAUUCAUUUGUAAUGAAAGCCAUUAUUCAUGCAAUCAAUGAUGACAACGUUCCUGGUCUCCAGCAUCUUCUGGGGUCUUUGACCAAUUAUGAUGUCAAUCAGCCCAACAAGCAUGGGACACCUCCAUUUCUGAUUGCUGCUGGAUGCGGAAAUAUUCAAAUGCUUCAGUUAUUCCUAAAGCGAGGUGCCCACAUUGGUGUACAGGAUAAGGCAGGAUCUAAUGCAAUAUAUUGGGCAUCUCGACAUGGUCAUGUAGAAACUCUGAAAUUUCUUCAUGCUAAUAAGUGCUCUUUGGAUGCAAGAGACAAGUCUGGAGAAACUGCCCUCCAUGUGGCAUCUCGGUAUGGUCAUGUUGAUGUGGUUCAGUACCUGUGCAGCAUUGGAUCAAAUCCAAAUUUUCAAGAUAAGGAAGAAGAAACCCCUUUACACUGUGCUGCUUGGCAUGGCUACUACCUUGUUACCAAAGCACUUUGUAAGGCCGGUUGUAAUGUGAACAUUAAAAAUAAAGAAGGGGAAACUCCACUCUUGACAGCUUCGGCUAGAGGUUACCAUGAUAUUGUGGAAUGUUUGGCGGAGCAUGGCGCUGAACUUGAUGCAACUGACAAGGAUGGACACAUAGCCCUUCACCUUGCAGUCCGAAGGUGCCAAAUGGAAGUGGUGAAGAUACUCAUCCGUCAGGGGAGUUCUAUAGAUUUCCAAGAUAGACAUGGGAACACUCCUCUUCACGUAGCCUGUAAAGAUGGGAAUGUCCCAAUUGUGAUGGCACUCUGUGAGACAAACUGUAACAUUGAUAUCACAAAUAAGUAUGGGCGAACACCAUUACAUCUGGCAGCAAACAAUGGGAUUCUUGAUGUUGUAAGAUACCUCUGCCUCAGUGGAGCAAAUGUGGAAGCUUUAACUUCUGAUGGAAAAACAGCAGAAGAUCUGGCUAGAGCAGAACAGCAUGAACAUGUAGCAAGUCUGCUUACAAGGCUAAAAAAGGACACACACAGAGCACUGUUCAUCCAGCAUCUUAGAGCAACUCAUAAUUUACAGCCCAGAAUAAAACUUAAACUCUUUGGCCACUCUGCAUCUGGAAAAACUGCUCUUGUGGAAUCUCUAAAGUGUGGCCUCCUGAGAAGCUUUUUCAGAAGGCGCAGACCAAGGCUUUCCUCUACAAACUCAGUCAGGUUUCCUCCUUCACCUUUAUCUAAUAAGCCAUCAGUUUCAGUAAGUAUUACAAAUCUGUACCCAGGCUGUGAGAAUGUUAGUGUAAGAAGCCGGAGUAUGAUGUUUGAACCUGGCCUGACCAAAGGGAUGUUGGAAGUAUUUGUUUCACCCUCUCAUCAUUCCCAUUGCUCAACAGAUGACCAGUCUACUAAGGCCAUUGAUGUUCAGAAUGCUUAUCUGAAUGGAAUUGGCGAUUUCAGUGUGUGGGAAUUCUCUGGGAAUCCUGUCUAUUUCUGCUGCUAUGAUUAUUUUGCUGCAAAUGAUCCCACCUCAGUUCAUAUUGUGCUUUUUAGUCUUGAGGAGCCCUAUGAAAUACAAUUGAACCAAGUGACCUUUUGGCUUAGUUUCCUAAAGUCCCUUGUUCCAGUUGAAGAACCAAUAGCAUUCGGAGGAAGGCUAAAAACCCCUCUGCACGUUGCAUUGGUGGCUACUCAUGCUGACAUUGUCAAUCUUCCACGUUCUGCUGGAGGAGAGUUUCAGUAUGACAAAGAUACUUCCCUUUUAAAAGAAAUUAGAAACAGGUUUGGGAAUGACCUUCACAUUUUGGACAGAUUAUUUAUUUUAGAUGCUGGAGCAUCUGGCUCAAAAGAUAUGAAGAUUCUCCGAAACCACCUUCAAGAAUUACGUAGUCAAAUUAUCACUACUUGCCCACCCAUGACUCACUUGUGUGAAAAAAUCAUUUCCACUCUACCAUCCUGGAGAAAAAUCAAUGGACCCAACCAGCUCAUGUCAUUGCAACAGUUUGUGUAUGAUGUGCAAGAUCAGCUUAAUCCAUUAGCAAGUGAAGAUGACCUAAGACAUAUUGCCCAGCAGCUGCACAGUAUAGGAGAAAUAAAUAUCAUGCAGAGUGAGACGGUCCAAGAUGUUGUUCUGUUGGAUCCUCGGUGGCUGUGUUCGAAUGUCCUUGGAAAGCUGCUGUCUGUGGAGAACCCCAAAGCCCUCCAUCACUACAGAGGUAGAUAUACAAUAGAGGACAUCCAGCGUUUGAUACCAGAUAGUGACAUAGAAGAACUUAUACAAAUCUUGGAUGCCAUGGACAUCUGUGCAAGAGACCUCAGCAGUGGAACAAUGAUUGAUAUUCCUGCCUUGAUCAAAACUGAUAGCCUCCAUAGAUCUUGGGCUGAUGAGGAGGAUGAAGUUAUGAUUUAUGGUGGUGUUAGAAUUGUUCCCGUGGAACACCUGACUCCACUACCUUGUGGAAUUUUUCAUAAAGUUCAGGUGAAUCUGUGUAGGUGGAUUCAUCAACAGAGCACAGAGGGAGAUGCAGAUAUACGCUUAUGGAUAAAUGGGUCAAAGAUUGUGAACCGUGGAGCUGAGCUUCUUGUGCUGCUUGUUAACAAUGGUCAAGGUAUUGAGGUCCAAGUUCGAGGACUAGAAACUGAGAAGAUCAAAUGCUGCUUAUUUCUAGACUCUGUGUGCAGUACCAUUGAUAACUUGAUGGCCACAACAUUGCCAGGGCUCUUAACAGUCAAACAUUACCUUAGCCCUCAGCAGCUGAGGGAACACCAUGAACCAGUAAUGAUCUACCAUCCAAGAGAUUUUUUCCGGGCACAAAGUCAAAAGGAUACUUCAUUGACUAAUACCAUGGGUGGCUAUAAAGAAAGCUUUAGCAGUAUAUUGUGUUUUGGAAGUCUUGAUGUCUACUCACAGGGAAGUUUGGGGAUGGAUAUCCAUGUAUCAGACCUGAAUCUGCUUACAAGGAGGAAAUUGAGUCGACUUUUGGAUCCACCUGAUCCCAUGGGCAAGGAUUGGUGCCUUCUUGCUAUGAACCUGGGCCUUCCUGACCUUGUUGCAAAGUAUAAUAUGAACAAUGGUUGUCAAAACAUUUUUGUCCCAAGCCCAUCUCAUGCCCUUCUGCAGGAAUGGGGAAAUGCCCCUGAAAGUACUGUGGGUAUCCUAAUGUCUAAGCUGAGGGAAUUAGGCCGCAGAGAUGCAGCUGACUUUUUACUGAAAGCAUCCUCUGUGUUUAGAGUCAGCUUAGAUGUGAAUGGCCAAGAGGCCUAUGCUUCAAGCUGUAACAGUGGGACAUCUUAUAACUCAAUUAGCUCAGUUGUCUCCCGGUAAAAACAAAUGCCAGAAAGCACAUGUUCUUUUGAUUGCAUAUAGUGACGAAGAAUUCAGUAUGGCAGAGUUUUGUAUGUAUUUAUAAGUUUCUACAUUUAUGGAUCACCAUCUUUCCCCAGCUUCACUUUUUAAGUGAACAAUCUUCCUACUUUUUAACUGUGAACUAUUGCUCUUAUUUUAGUUAAGAAAAGGCUGGUGUAUUUCUGGUAUUUUACAGUCUAUUUCUGAGUAUACAUUGUGCCGCUGAUAUACUGUCAUUUUAACUGGAAGGACUCCGCUUUUCAGUAGCCAACCGUUUUUUAAAAUCAUUUUUCCUAACAAGAUGACUACAUGUUGAUUUAAAGCUAAUUUCAUAUGCCCUGAUUUUUCAUUGUGCUUGUUUAAUUUUUAAAAAAUAUUUAUAGCAAAACAAACAAUGAUAGUCUAUUUGGAUUUUAACACCAUGCUUAGAAAUGAAAAAGCGAGUGCCUUUUGCAAAAGAUUAUGUGGAUUAAAAUCAAGUGAUCUUGUUAAAGCUGUAAGACAAUGCUACCUCUAUUUCACUGUCUGCAUGCUGGUUGUUACAAGUGGUGCUUGCCUUUGUGUUUUCCUGAAGUUUUAAGAUAUUUGGUAACAUGAAUCUUGUUCUCAUGUUGGAUACCAUGAGGGUACAAACAUGUAAGACAUUUAUCAGUUUUUUAAAAUUUCAGUUGAAGUGGAAUGAAAACCUAAAAACCCCGUGAACUUGCACCUUCCAUUAUUUCCACAUAUCUCAGGAAAAGAUUUUACAUAGUUGUAGAGCUCACCAUGGCACAUACACAAGUGUUAGCUAAACAGACUUAUUCUGUAUUUAACAGUGAUCAUUUGUGCAGAGCAAAUGAUUUUUCACUUUCAGAUACUGAUGUGCUUAUUUCUUAUACUUGAAGGUUUGUCUUUUCUUUUUUUAAAAAAAGAUAGCAAGAAUUUCUUGCAGUAAGAGAAUUUAAAAUUGGUAUAAGGGAACAAGACUAUUUCUUUUGUCCUGAAAAGCAUGUAAUUUUAAUGGUACAAGAUAUAUUAUGUGUAUAUACGUAUAUAAUGUAUGUAUAUAAAUUAAUACAGGUUUUCCUUAAUCUUUGUUGUAGUAAAUUUUAAAGGAUUUUUUACAAAUAAAUUGCUGCCUGUUGCAUCUUU